AUGUCCCUGCCAUAUGAAGAGGAACUAAUACCACCUGGUAAUUUUACCAUGGUAUCAACCUGGGUCUACAGAAGCAGCUUUCCAAAGAAAAAGAAUUUUCCUUUCUUAAAAAAACUAGGUUUGAAAAGUAUUUUAACUUUAAUAUUAGAAGAUUAUCCCGAACAAAAUAAGAAAUUCUUAGAAGCGAACAAUAUUAAAUUGUUUCAGUUUGGAAUUGCGGGUAAUAAAGAGCCAUUCGUUCAGAAUCAACGAAACCAUCCAAUAUUGAUACAUUGUAACAAGGGCAAGCACCGAACGGGUUGUCUGGUUGGAUGUCUUCGAAAGUUACAGCGAUGGACUCACACGUCAAUAUUUGAUGAAUACCGACGUUUUUCGAGUCCAAAAUCGCGAUCAAUGGAUCAACAAUUUAUCGAGCUAUUUGACGCAAGUCAAGUUUGGAGACUAGUAGAUAGAAAUCAUUUACCAAAAUGGGAAGAAUUAGAUGUUCCUUGGUAA